AUGCCUCAAGUAUUUACAUCAUAUGCGGAGGCAUUUCUAGCUAUAUCUCCAUUCCAUUUUGCUUAUUUUGGAGUUGCUAUGUGCCUUAUAUUAUCAGGUUUGGGAGCUGGUUGGGGUAUUUUUACUACUGGUUCUUCUCUUGUAGGUGCAUCUGUAAAAUCACCAAGAAUACGUUCUAAGAAUUUAAUUUCAAUUAUUUUUUGUGAAGCUACAGCUAUUUAUGGAGUCAUAGCAACCUUUCUCUUAGCUGCAAGAGUUAGAUCCUUACCAGAUGUAGAGAUUCCCCCUGAACCAACAGGUUGGGUAGCUGAAUCUAUUCAAGCUUCUUGGAUAAUAUUAACGUCAGGUUUGACUAUUGGUUUAUCAAAUUUAUUUUCUGGAAUUAGUGUUGGAAUUACAGGUAGUUCUGCAGCUCUUUGUGAUGCUCAGAAGGCUGAACUAUUCCCAAAAAUGUUAGUUGUUGAAAUAUUUGCAAGUGCCUUAAGUCUUUUUGGAAUGAUUGUUGGGUUUUAUCAACUUUCUUUGGCCCAUUUCCCAUCUACUAGUUAG